AUGUUCGGCUUUGAUAUAGCCGGCACUUCUGUUCAGUUCACCACUCAGAAUUUGUUUCGUUCUAUUGUAAUUUUAUUUCCUCCUGCACCAGAAGUUUGUUCUCGGAUUUGUCGACAGGGAUUUGAAGAUGCACUUCGUUUCCUGACCAAAAAUCGUUGGUCUUUUUAA